UAGAUUAGACGAAACAAAUUUUCCGGGAUAGGAGAGUUCCUAUGUGACAGGUUGCAGCAACAUACUGAGCUGGUGAAAUCUAGCCGAUUGUUUUGAUGAUUUGUGUCUGGUUAAUUCAUAUUUUACAAUGACAUCUAAUACGAGCAAGCCAAAACCAGCAUGGCAGAAUUAUGUAGCAGAUUUUGCAAACAUGUUAAAGGCUUUUAUUGGCUCCAACUACUUAACCGUUUCCUAUGCAUUUUUACAAAGUGGUUUAGGGCUGGGAUUUGGUGGACUGCUUUUGAUUGCCUUGGUGACUGAUCACUGCUGCCACCUAAUAGUUAAAACAAAAUACCAUGCCAUCAGACAUGUAAUAGAAUUAUACAAAGCUUCCACAGAAUCCUCAAAUGUUGCCUCUUCAUCUGCCGGAGACAAUGAUGCAGAACUGUUUUCUGAUGACGAAGAUGAUGACAUAGUUAUAUAUGAUGUGGAUGAAGCGUCAAUGAUAGAACAGCACAUGCUGAAGCACAUGUCCUAUGGCGACAUAGGACAGAUCAGCAUGGGUAAAGUGGGAAGAAUCAUUGUGAACUUCUGUAUUGCAAUGACACAGUUCUGUUUUUGUGUGAACUACUCCAUCUUCCUGGGAAAUACUGUGUAUUCGUUAUUUCCAUCCAAUGUGUGUUAUAACGGCAUUGUAAAUGUGGACAAUGUAAGCUAUGUAGCUAAGAUAGAGCCUUAUUGUGAACUUCGUUAUUUAGGACUAGUGCCGAGUACUAUUAUCAAGCCAACAAAAAGAUCCAUUGGAACUGAUUUCACGAAUUCUUCUUUAUUGGGUGUCCUACCUGGAAAGAAUGAUACAGACACAUCUGAUAUGCCUCUGACAAAUUUAAAUGGCUCAGUCACAAGUGCAUUCUUUGAAAAUAUUUCCACAUCAACAGAAAUGCCUUUUGCAAAUGCAACAUCCAUGGCCAUGUCAAAUAUAACAGGGGAAGUAAUCCAGUCCACUGCUCCUGACUUGAAGCUAUUAGUGCUGGCUCCUCUUCCUUUCUUUCUACUGUUUGCACUCUUCAGAAAUGUUAGAAAAUUAGGAUUUAUUAGUGUAAUAGCUAAUGCGUCCAUUUUAUUGGGAAGUGCAUCUGUCUUCCUUUACUUGAUAGUUGACUUUCAAAUUCACGACACAAUAAUAUGGACGAAAUGGGAAGGACUUCCUAUAUUCUUUGGUAUGGUGACUGCUGCAUUUGAAGGGAUUGGUUUGAUCAUUCCAGUAGAAUCCAGCAUGGAGGGAAAUCGUCACAACUUUGCCGCCUUUCUUCACGGUGCAAUAGGUGUUCUGGGUGUGAUCCUCGGAGGAUUCGGUGUGAUGGGGUACCUCCGGUUUGGAGAGGAACUGAACCAGAUGUUGAACACGAACAUUCCAGCCUCCAGCUGGGUAUCGGUGGCCGUAAAUAUCUGUGCAAUCCUAGGGGUAUUGUUGACGUUCCCACUUCAAAUUUACCCUGUGAUAGAAAUGUGUGAAAUUUUCCUCUUCUCAGAAGGUGCUCUCUGUGGACCAAAGAAGAGGUCCUCUUCACUGCUGAGUGAGGAAGAUGAGGAGGAGGCUGAAGGCAAAGAGUCCCUCCUACCGGAUGCCUCGGAGAAGUCAUAUACAGCUCUUCCAGUAUCUGUAGCAGCACACAUUCCUAAGUCGGUUCCAGCUUGGAAGAGAAACAUAUUGCGGAUGCUGAUUGUACUGUCAUCCACUGGACUGGCCAUCAUCUUCAGAAAUAGUUUUGCCCUGGUGGCAGCAUUUACAGGUGCCAUAGGAAGCUCGUUACUUGCCUACAUCCUGCCUUGUCUAUUUCAUCUGAAACUGUGUCACAGGGACCUUCCCUGGCUCGUUUGUUUCAAGGAUACUGUGAUCAUCAUACUAGGAGUCCUCUGUAGUAUUGUCAGUCUUUAUUCUGUCAUCAUACAGCUGGUGAAAAACACUUCAGUUUAAGGUGCAACAUAUCUUUAUCCAUUACAAUUUCUCGACUGAGCCCAGAGAGAAUUAUCGUUUUAAUCAGAGGGAUAUUUUUACCUUAAUACUGAACACUUCUUAAUGCUAGAGACCGGGUUAUAUGUCUCAAUUGUCGUUUUGCAUGUUUACCAGUAAUUUAUUGAAUUGAUAUUAUAAGAUAUUAUGCCCAUUUUGGAAUGGACAUGAUAAUUAAAUACCGGUAUCCAUACAUAUUUUAAAAAUACUUUGAAAUUUAUUUGAAGCUUUUAGAUUAGAAAAUAAAUAUAUACAAAGAGAAAAAUGUGAUUACCGAAGCAGUACCAUGAAUUAAUUUAAUCUAAUUUACAUGUAUAUGACUUAAAUUAGCACCUUUGAUUGGAAUACAUAUAGUACUGUUGGUAUGUAAGCUUAAUCAUUACAUUUAUUAAAUAUAACAUGCCUGUAGAAAUUUUUGUCAAAUUUUUAUCAUUACAUAUAUUAUAAUAUCAAUAUUAUUAUUCAUUUCAUAAUUUGAUUUUAGGAUAUGUUAUUUUUUUUGGUUGUUAGACCAAACAAGUUUACUAAAAAUUUAAAAAAAUGACUGGAUAAUGAAAUAUCAUUAAUAUAUUCUAAAAGUCUAGUAUCUUUAUGUCGUUGUUUAUUAUUCUUAUGCUAAUAUAUGGUAAUUCUAAUUUGCAUAAUGUUUACCCAAAUAGCUUCUACAUGAUAACUGUUUGUUUGACAUUCCAAUUGUGAUUUAGUUAAUAUUCAAAUGCAGUUCAUGUGAUAUUAUAUAUGCCUCUUAAACAUAUUAAAGUUAAUAUCAGUUUGAGAAUAAAUUUUAAAAGUUGCAAAGAGCAAUUUAGUACAUGCAUGGAUUCAAAAGCUUUGCUUUGUAUAUUAGCACAUCAAUCAGUAUUUGAACCAAACAAAUGAAUUGGUUUGCUGUGUUUUCAUAUUAAUGAUGUUGAAUUAUUGAUGCUUUACAGUAUAUCUACAUACCGGUAUUUAUUAUAAAAUCAUAUAAUAUAUGACAUUAAUUUUUUUUUCUUUCAUAUCAACAUUUUUGAGAAUCAUAAAUAUAGUUUAUUUUGCACUUACCUCAAAGUAAAAAGUAUUGAAUGUUGAUCUUGAGGGAUCUUGAAUCUUUUAUUAGAAAUUUUUAAAUUAAUGCAUGUAUAAUUUAUAUAGUGUAAAAAAAACCCCAAAUAAAUGCAGGUUUUCCAUUAGAAUCAAAUCAAAAAGAACAUAAGAUUUGUAUUAAGUUUGUAAGCUUCAAGUUUCCAGUUUAACUAUAAGUAAAAUGUUGAGGUUUUUCUGUUACUUUGAAUUUGAUAUGUGGUAUUGAAUUUCUAUUGGGGCUUUUUGCUACAGAUAAUUUAUUGUAAGAACCUGGUGUUCAUUAUUUUCUGUCAGUAUUUCAAGUGUGAUAUCUUAGCAGGAAUUUUAAAAUAUUUUUGAAGUUUUAAAAUUUUUUUUAUUGUAUUGAGAUUGAAGAAUUGUGCAAUCAUGUCCAUAAAUUAAAUGUUUGAAUGUUUAUUACAAUCAAUUUAAAUAAACUGCUCAAAGGUGGCUGUUUUCUUUCAAAAAUUGUGUCAUAAAUCUAUAUAAUUAUAUUUUGUGCUGGUUUAAACAGUGUUGAUUUUUUAGAAAUGUUAGCUGUAACUUUUAUCUGUUGGCAAAAAAAAACCUACCAAAAAAACAAAUUAUGAUUAAAAAACUGUGUAAUCAUUUGAAUGAAACUUUGGGACAAGAUAUUGAUUGCUCUCUGUCUAGUAACUAGUAUUUUUUAGCUAUUGAAUACACAAGAAACAAUCAUGUAAAAAAAAAAAAACCAGGAAUAUGAUUUUGCUUCAUUUGUUUCCUCUGCAUUAUUUUUUAAAUUUUUAAGAGGGUUGGGUUGUCUUCGACAUUUUUAGACUAUUUUGAUCUCCUUUAGAAGAAGAGCUCUGUCUAAAGACAUAGGGAAAUAUUCAAAUUUCAAAGCUUAAAUAUAUGGACCUUUCUCUCUCUAAAUGAUAGAUUUCAGUUUUAAAAAAUCUUAUCUAAAUAUUGAAGGAAGAUCUCGGGAGUAAUAUGUUGACCACCCAGCCUGUUUAAAAUUAUUACUUGCUUGUACUAUUGAUAAGUUUUGGGGUUUUUUUUUACAAAUGCCAACAACUGGCAUGCAAUAUUUGUUGUUUUGGAAUUCUGUGAUAAAUUUAUAUGUUUGAUUAUUUAUGAAAGACGGAGUACAAGAAUAAGAUUAUUUUGAAACUCAAAAUUAUAAAUCACAAUAUUGUCUGGAUUUUUUUCUCAACAAUACUGAGUGUUCAUGUAUUUUUUUUAUUAUUAAAUAAGAGGGUAAUUUGUAUAAACUGCUUGUAUAUUUUUGCACAUGUGCAUUAGGAAAGUUCAUAUAUUACAGAACAGGAAAUGAUUUAUCAAUUUUUUUUUUACAAAAUGCAUAUCAUUCUGAUUUUUUGCUCAAUACAUUUGAAUAGAUGUAUGUACACAUCUCUGCUAGCCAAGGUGUUUUCAAAACACUAGGCUAGCUUGGUUGUUAAUAAGAGUAGCAGAGUGGACUAAUAACUCAUUGCUAUAGUCACGAUGGUAUAUGCAAGACAUAAACAGUGUGCUGGCAGUUUAAGCACUUUAUAUACUUAUAACUCACUUGUUAUUGAUACACAUAAGGUCUGCCUGACAUACAUUAAUCUAUCAAUGAACAUCUGCCAGGAGGACUGUACAUGUAAUUUUUAUGAUAUUUACAUGUAAAUGUAUGUAAAUUUAUGAACUGGUUGGUAUACAUGUAUAUUCAUUUGAUUGCACAUGUAAUGUUUAAGCAAGAAGCUUGCGCAAUUAAAGAACUAUUUUGUUGACAAAUCAA